AUGGGGAACAUAGUAGACUCGGUCGAAACACAACCAGCAGAAGCAGAAGAAGGCAUUAACCAUUCAAACUCAUCCGAUUCCCUCCAGUACAGCGUGGAUGAAACAGUUAUUGAUUUGGAUGCCCCUGAGUACAAAGAGUAUCUUAAGCAUAAACGAAAGAUAAGCCGAAGCGAGGGAAACCUCCAUGACAUUUCCUAUCUUGACUGGGUCAAAACAAACAACGUGAAGCUGAUAUCAAGACGUCUCAAAGCCAGGUAAGGUUGCUCCUGAACGCAGUAAAGCAUUUGUAUUCCCGGGCGUAUAUCUUAAGUCAAUUCGGUUUUGUAAUGCAAAGAUUAAGAGCUUAGAUUUAGCUGUCCUUUACCUUUGUUAUUGUAAAUGAAAUACGAGGCUUCAAAUUCCAAAUAAUUCUGUUAAAUUUUGUCUACCGAUAGCAGUAGUGUUGUUUUAUCAAAAUCCAGUAUUUGACUGCUUAUAAUUCACCACGGUUCAUUAAGUACUGUACACUUAUGAAUGUGUCGGAAGCCCUGAGCAUUCUUUGAUUCCGUACAACACUUCUCUUGAACAAACAACAAAUCUUGAUUAAUCAAAUGAGCGAAAGUCGUUAUAAAUACGUGAGCACGUUUGAAAAUCUUAACACCCAAACUUCCGUCUUUUGAAGAACAGGGAGAGCUGAAAUCAUGACUGAUAUUACUGAACGUUGAUGAAAGUAAUAUUUAAUAGUCUUUUUAAAUAUCCCUCAAGAGUACUAUUCUAGCUGUAACAUUGGAGAGACACGGGUGAUCUUAGCAAAUACUAUGUCGUGAAAUUCCUAAGAUUGGGCAUAAUGCUUCCCUACCAACAUUUUUGCAGUUCAUACUUAUGUACACAAAGUGAAUGUUCCAGAACCCAUCCCAGUUCAAAGCAAAUCAUUUAUGCGCGAAGAAAAAGCUCAGAAGAAAGUUCUGACACCGUUCUUAUCAGCGCACACCUGUGUGGUCCAAAAUACAAAUAACUUUCCAAACGAGAAUUCCAGAUUUUAAGGCACACUCUUGAUGUUUUUAAGGCAGGAAGCCGGGUUAUAUGUACGGUACUGACAUAUAUCUUUUAACUAUUGUUUGCUGACAAUACACUAUAUCAAGGAAUAUGAAUGCUUAUUAUCUUAUGAGCUUCGCGUACCCGUCCCAGGUCAGUGAUCAAAGAGCAAUUUCUUGUUAAGUUUCUUGUAAGUUUCUUUUAUUGUUAAGUAACAACAAAAAGGUGGUAUAUUUCUUGGACGAAUUUCAGUUAACCUUUUAUUUUUCUGGCCGAUCGAAAUCUCUUUUGUCUGCAAUCGAUGCUUGCAUGCUUCAAAUAAAUUAUUGAAUUUUCUAGAAGAAACUUAUUGAAGUACGAAAUCAAACUAUUUCAAAUAGCAACAGGUGUCAGACUAUUUUUAACCGAGUUAAUUUAGUUCAGGAGUGGCUUGGCCAAUUUGAGAGAUUGAGAUUUCAAACGACUUUUUUGGGUAAACGAGGCCAGGAUGUGGUUGUUUUGUGUAUUGAUUUCACGGCGUUAUCAGACUACUAAUUACUUGGCGGAAAACGUAGGUUAUUGUUCUUCGACUAAUUAAGCUUCCAUUUUCGUUCAAGUACUGAACAAUGAAUUAAAGAGCUGUCACUGUUUGUUUAGUUUUAGGAUAGAUUUUCCAUUUAAACCUACAAUCGCAAUAUGAGAUGUCCGUCGCCGUCAAGUUCGUAACGACAGAACAGUGCUCUGACUUCAACUGAUAGACACUCGUGCAUAAACUUUUGUUUUUAUUGUGAUAAUGACAGACAGCACGUUUCUUCUACGCUCAGUCGACCCUGAAUCCUUUGGGUAAUGAACUGAUGUAAUCCGCGCAUAGAGUGUGAAUUACUAAAGAGGUCCGAAAAGAAGAGAAAUUUUUUGCUCAUCGAAAAGUUUAUAAAUAUCAGAACCUUCUGGGCCUUUGGCAGUGUAAGGACCACAUUUAAGAGACUGAGUUAAAACGUGGGGACCUGAUAUUACAGACAACUCAUAGAGUACAAUAGUUUUAACUUGUAUUGUUUAAAUCAACACGAAGCCACAGCCAUUACAGAAUAUUGUGACUGUGUUUUGUUUUGCAUCCCGGUCUCUUGCAAUAUUUAAUCGAAGCGCCAGUGCAAUUAGUGGGUCAUCUUUAUUGUUUUGACCUUUCGUGAUAUCGCAUUUAUCUAUGAGUAGCUCUUUAUAGCUGAUAUUAGUCGGAUUCUUUAAAACGCAAAUAUUAGAACAAAAUGGGAGUUGUUGAAAAAAUAUCAAUGCAUACUACUACCUACCUACUAUCCGGAGUCCAAAAUAGAAAGUGUUAUUAUUAGCAGGGGUUCUAUUUGCUUUCCUAGAGCGAUUUAAGUGCCUUCCUCGUGAAAUCUUUGAUUACCUCAAUCUACCCACAAGUUCCCUCUUCUUCAAAGACCAUUUGCCGUACAGGUUCUAAUUAAUCUUUUUAUAUCUUUUUAUUAAACUAUUGUUGUUUGAUAGUUCAUAUCUGCCUGUAUCAGCACCAAAGUUUAUGAUGAUUCAAGUUUACAAAUAAGAUAAAAAGACUAUUUGGAAAAAAGGGACACCUGUAGUAUAUAUUAAAGCCCUGUUAAGGAAACCCAAUGUAUAAUGUGCGCGUUGGUUUCAGGGCUCUCAAGGUUAAUAUUUUAGCUUCGAUAAAUGAAAGCAAAACAUGAUGCCCUAAAAUGGUAAUACUGCACUACGGCCACUAUUGAUGGGAAAGUGACACCCACUAUCUGUUGUCAGUAGGUAAACGGCGAAGCGUUAAUAAUUACAGGAAAAAAUUAUUGUAAUUGUUUAUAAUUUACCUAAGUGUUCUUUGUUUCUUUUGCAGCGAUUUAGAGGUCAGCGACGAUAAACUUGCCAGGAGGAGCUCAGCUCCGAUAACAAGAAAUGAUUUUUUUGCUGUCAAGAAGAACAGUGAAGAGUGUGAAAAGCGAAAGUUGGGAAGCAAACAGCGAAUAAGAGACAUUAAGAACAAGUACAAUCUAAAGAACAGAGACUACUCUGCCAGGACAUAUGUGUGGAAUGAGGCAGAUGAGAAAGACAAUAGAAAAGAACGGGAAGAGAGAAAAAGACUUCGGAAACAAAUUCGUCAAAAAUACAAUUUGCAGACGCCAAACGUUCAAAGGCAGAUUUCGGUGGCCAAAGGAUGA